AGCGAUUCUUCAAAUGAUGGCUUCAACGCUAAAGUUUUAAUCUUGGAAGAAACACUGAUAGGGUACGUCCACAACCUAUCACACCCAAGACGCAAUAGAGGGAACACUAUGAAUUACUGCACCUUUGUUCUGCAGACUUCAGCCCAAGAGACACAAGAAGCGCUACUCUAUUCAACGCACAAGAGACCACUAUUACUAGAGAGUCAGAAUAAUCAUACCCCUGUGAAACUGAAGCACUUCACCUACACUGAAGACAGGGACAAAAUCAUCGUCAACGAUAUGACAAACAUUGCAAUCCCUCAACAGUGCGAGUACUCAUUUCAGUACGACGAGUCCACUCUACUCCAGAGUGAACUGAUCACCAUCUUAGACAUCCUAAACACACGCAGAGAAUGGGAUGUUGUUACUGUACGUGGAAAGAUAUUGAAUGUGAAGGAUCAACGUCAAGUGGGAAGUCCUCGCAAGCGACUUAAAUUGAUGGAGGCAGUACUUGGCGACGUCAGUGCUACA